GUGAUAAGACAGGAAGAUUGUCAGAACUUAACAAGGUAGAAAGAAAGCAUCUCGAUCCUCGAAGAAUGCAGAGAAGGGUCCACACGUACGUGCUCUGCUCAUACGUCGACAUAUGUUAUGUUAUGUUAUGUCUCAGUGCUUAGAUGGCAUAGAUGCACCUUGGACGGCGACAAUCUUAACCUACUAAAAUAUAUUAUGGUGUUGUAAGGCCUGGUUGUGAUCAGUUAACAGCAACCUGAGCAAGAGAUAGAGUGAAGAGUAAGCGACAAAAAAGAUGGGAGAAACAGCUCACACCCACCAGCAGCCACCACCACCACAAGCAGCAGCAGCACCACCUCCAUCAUCACUUGCUUUUUCAAAAGGUCCCUCUUGGGCUCCGGCUGAGCAACUCCACCAGCUCCAGUACUGCAUCCAGUCCAAUCCCCCUUGGUAUCAGACAUGUCUGCUGGCUUUCCAACACUACAUUGUGAUGCUUGGAACUACGGUCUUGAUUACACGUACUCUUGUGACUCAAAUGGGCGGCGACCCUGGUGAUGCUGCCCGUGUGAUUCAAACGUUGGUGUUCAUGUCAGGAAUCAAUACACUGCUUCAGACAAUGAUUGGAACACGGCUUCCCACAGUGAUGGGACCUUCCUAUGCUUUUGUACUGCCAGUUUUAUCAAUCAUCAGAGAUUACAAUGAUGAAACUUUCUCAAAAGACCAUGAUAGAUUUGUAGACAUUAUGAGAACUAUACAAGGAUCACUGAUUGUGUCUUCCUUCGUCAACAUCAUUCUCGGGUAUAGCAAAGGAUGGGGUACUUUAACAAGGUUCUUUAGUCCCAUUACUAUUGUACCUGUGGUUUGUGUUGUGGGUCUUGGUCUGUUUAUGAGGGGCUUUCCACUGCUUGCCAACUGUGUUGAGAUUGGCCUGCCUAUGCUGAUUCUGCUAGUCAUUUGUCAGUAUUUGAAGCGUUUCCAAUAUUCCAGUGUCCAUCCUGUACUUGAGAUGUUUGGCUUACUCAUCUGCGUUGGUAUUAUUUGGGCUUUCGCUGCUAUCCUCACUGUUGCUGGUGCUUACAACAAUGUGGGGUAUCAAACUAAACAGAGUUGCCGCACAGACCGAUCAUAUCUUGUAUCAUCUUCUCCAUGGGUUAGAGUCCCAUACCCGUUUCAAUGGGGUGCACCUAAAUUUAGAGCAAGUCAUGUCUUCGGGAUGAUUGGAGCAGCACUUGUUUCAUCUGCAGAGUCAACUGGAACGUUUUUUGCUGCUGCACGGCUUGCAGGUGCUACGAGCCCCCCAGCUCAUGUUCUGAGCCGAAGUAUUGGUCUACAGGGUGUUGGCUUGCUGCUUAAUGGGAUUUUUGGUGCUGCUGUUGGCAUCACUGCAUCUGUCGAAAAUGUUGGGCUUCUUGGACUUACACACAUAGGGAGCCGAAGAGUGGUGCAGGUUUCAACUGCUUUCAUGUUUUUUUUCUCAAUCUUUGGGAAAUUUGGUGCCUUGUUCGCGUCUAUUCCUCUGGCAAUAUUUGCUGCCGCAUACUGUGUGCUAUAUGGCAUCGUUGCUGCAAUUGGGAUUUCAUUUAUACAGUUUUCAAACAAUAAUUCCAUGAGAAACCAUUAUGUUUUGGGUCUGGCUUUGUUCCUUGGGAUAUCGAUACCACAGUAUUUUGUCAGCAACACCACUGGGGAUGGACAUGGACCAGUUAGAGCAGAUGGUGGAUGGUUCAAUGACAUAUUGAAUACAGUUUUCUCAUCACCUCCAACGGUAGCAAUGAUUGUUGGGACAUUGCUUGAUAACCUAUUGGAAGCAAAGAAGAACGCCAACGACCGAGGAAUUCCAUGGUGGAAGCCUUUCCAGAACAGGAAGGGUGAUAGUAGAAGCGACGAGUACUACAGCAUGCCUAUCAGGAUGAAUGAGUGGAUGCCCACCAGAUAUCUUUGAAAAAAAACUCGACCCCCUUGUAUAUUAAUUAGAUAUACUGUGAGCAAAUUCCAUUUUAAUAUCUAUGAUGAUGAGCCCUAUACGUCGCUCCAAAGAACUGUAACCAUUAGCCAUCGAUUUGUAGUUUUCCGUUUUGUUACGUUGGCAGGUUAGCCGUCUUCUUGACUCAUCUCCGUUGGUCUCAAUACUACAAGGUUUUGUUACUGUCUCAGGCUGCUAACCACAGGAAGCGCAUUGUGAAAUCAACAAGUCCCUCUGAGCAGAAUGCAGAAGCAAUUUUUCUUGUAGAUUUAAGACCCCCCACGAAUGAAGAGAACUAACUGCAUAUAAACCAUAUUGAAUUGUACCGAUACUCCAUAUGAUGAUCGUCAGAUUUUCUUUCUUUAUUAUUAAUAUAAAAUCCUCUCAUCCCCGGCCA